AUGGGAUAUCAUGUGGCGAUGGUAUGUGAUAUGUUUUACCCCCAGCUAGGUGGUGUGGAGUUUCAUAUUUAUCAUUUAUCUCAGAAGCUCAUCAAUUUAGGCCAUUCUGUUGUGGUCAUUGCACACGCGUACGAUGAUCGUACCGGGGUAAGAUACUUGACUAACGGUUUGAAGGUGUAUUAUGUUCCGUACUUAGUAUUAUACCGUGGGACCACAUUUCCAUCAGUGUUCAGCAGUUUCCCAAUUAUCCGCAACAUAUUGAUUAGAGAACAGAUACAGAUAGUGCAUUCACAUGUUAGUGUUUCCUCUUUAGCGCACGAAAGUAUCCUGCACGCUAAUACGAUGGGUUUAAAAACAGUGUUUACUGACCAUUCUCUCUAUGGAUUCGACUCAGUAGGAUCUAUACUGGUUAACAAACUACUGAAGUUUACUUUGACUAACAUCGAUGCAGUAAUCUGCGUCUCUAAUACCUGCAAAGAGAACAUGGUUUUGAGGGCUGAUUUAUUGCCCAGCAGCAUAUCUGUAAUACCAAAUGCAGUUGUUAGUCGAGAUUUCAGACCCUCGUCGAUUGAGAAAUGUAGGAAAUCAGCACGUAAAAUUACAAUCGUCGUCAUUUGUCGGUUAUUCCCGAAUAAAGGUGCUGACUUGCUAACGCGCAUGAUUCCUCGUAUAUGCGGCCUCGAUGAAGAUGUUGACUUCAUCAUUGCUGGCGAUGGACCCAAAUUCGUCGACUUUCAGCAAAUGAUCGAAACACACAGAUUACAAGAAAGAGUCCAGUUAAUUGGCGCUGUACAGCAUGAAAAGGUACGAGAUGUCAUGUGCAGAGGGGACAUAUAUUUGCAUGCAAGCUUAACCGAAGCUUUCGGAACGGUGCUGGUCGAAGCCGCCUCUUGUGGCUUACUAAUUGUUACAACUAAGGUGGGAGGAAUUGCAGAAGUCUUACCAGAACACAUGACGGUUUUUGCCGAGAAUACAUCAGUAUCUGGCUUGGUGAACGCUACUAUGAAAGCUAUUGGAUUACUGCAAAGAAGUGCUAUCAACACCUCUACCUUCCACGCUGAAGUUUCGAGAAUGUAUGAUUGGAUUAAUGUUGCAGAACGAACGAUUAAUGUUUACGACUCUCUGUUCAUAGAGAGAUCAGAAAACGACAAAGACUGGAUUGUGAUGUUACGUAGAUUUUACGAAAGGGAUGGGCCAUGGGCGAGAUUGUUAUAUGUGUUGUGCGCCGUUGUCGAAUAUAUGAUAUACCUACUUCUGGAAUGGUGGUUCCCAAGGGACGAAAUUGAUACAGCUAGGAAAUGGCCGCAUGACAGAGACUAA